AAUGGAAAUAUCUCGCCUCAAAGAACGGCUGCAUUGUAGGACUCGGACACUGCAUUCAAUGUAGUGACAUGUAACGUUAGCUCAAUACUAAAUUAGUGACCUAGAUUUUUUGUUACUCCAGAGAUGUGUUUAAAUGUAGAAACCUUUCCCUUCUCCAUGUCGAAGGCGGACAGGUCCUGGAGCUAACUCGCGGUUUACGGGGGCGUUCAGCCUACAGCAGAAAAAAAAAAAAAAAACUUCUACAAGGACUUUGUUCAGAGUUUAAAUUCACGCUAAAAUCGCCUGAAAAUGGAGAUUCACGAAGGGGCAGCGGCGGCGGGGGAUAGCGUACUUGACUUUUCACGUUUGAGCCUCAACACUUUUAGCUUUGACACCAUCAGCGACGAGAGAAAACGGGAAACCAAACAACUCUACCUGAACUACAACCGGUUAGCCUCUCUCCCGUCGUCCGUCAGCGUUUUCUGCAACCUCGAGUUUCUGGACAUCAGCAACAACGGACUGUCGGCCAUCUGCGAGGACAUAACGCGGUUGAGCAGGCUGAAAACGCUCCUGGCCAAGAACAACCGUCUGGACGAGUUCUCGCUGCCCAAAGAGUUCGGCUCCCUGCAGCUGGAGGUGUUGAACUUUAGUGGGAACCGGUUCGAGGAGAUCCCGCUUCAGUGUACCAAACUGCUGCGUCUGCAGUCGCUUUCACUCGGCGGGAACAGACUGAAAAGUAUACCUGCAGAGAUAGAGAAUUUAACCAGUCUGGAGCUAUUGUAUCUGGGUGGGAACCUCAUCUCAGCCAUUCCUGCAGAAGUGGCGAACCUGCCUUACCUCAGCUAUCUGGUCCUAUGUGACAACCGCAUCCAAAGCGUCCCCCCGCAGCUCACCAGGCUCCACUCACUGAGAUCUCUAAGCCUCCACAACAACUUGCUCACUUACCUGCCGAGGGAGAUCCUCUGCCUGGUGCACCUGCAAGAGCUCAGUCUCCGUGGCAACCCGCUGGUGGUGCGUUUUGUCAAGGAGAUGACCUACGACCCCCCAUCGCUGCUCGAGCUGUCAGGACGUACCAUUAAGAGCCGAAAUAUUCCCUACCAGCCCCGAGACCUGCCCUCGAACCUGGUGCGAUACCUCGACCUGGCCAGCAAGUGCCCUAACCCCAAGUGUGCAGGCGUCUACUUCGAUUCAUGUGUGCGCCAGAUCAAAUUCGUGGACUUCUGUGGAAAGUACCGGCUGCCCCUCAUGCACUACCUGUGCUCCCCGGAGUGCACCUCUCCCUGCAACUCCAACCCGCAGAGCGACGCAGAGUCCGAGGACGAGAGCAGCGUGCCCGCUUACCGCCUGCAGAGGGUGCUUCUGGGAUAGUACAACAUGAAGGAGCCUCGGAGAUAAACUUGGCUGUCAGACUUCUACAGACAUAAACACACACACACACACACGCACCAACACUGAUAGUGUUUUACAGACGGUGGCUGUAUGUAACGCACAAAAUGUGGGAUGUCAGUCUCCUCCUA